ACACACCGACUUGACUUACUUUAUGAAAUGCACCUCAAUCCCAACUCUCAAAAGUUGAACUUUGAAAUUUGAUAAUUAUAAGCAAAAUAGCUAGUGAAAAUUUCUUGUUGAUUGCAUUGUGUUGAAGUAUCAAUUUGCAAUGGGUAAUCGUUCGUCUCUCUUAUUACAAGAGGAGGAAAUUGCUCAAAUCUCUGAAGAAACAGGAUUCAAUGCGAAUCAAAUAGAGCGAUUGUAUUCAAGAUUCACAUCACUCGACAGAGGUGAUUGUGGAACACUGAGUAGAGAAGAUUUCCUUAGAAUACCGGAAUUAGCAAUAAACCCAUUGGGAGAAAGAAUAGUGAACUCUUUCUUCCAAGAAGAUCAGUCUAAUGACAGGGUUAAUUUCAAGCAGUUCAUGAGGGUGUUGGCACAUUUCAGACCAAUCAAAAAAAAUAAAGAGAAUAAGCUGAAUAGCAGAGAAGAAAAGUUACGCUAUGCUUUCAAGAUGUAUGAUUUAGAUAAUGAUGACCUCAUUUCUAAAAAUGAACUACUAGCUAUUCUUCACAUGAUGGUGGGAGCGAAUAUCAGUGAUGAGCAAUUAACAAGUAUCGCAGAGAGAACUAUAUCAGAGGCAGAUGAAGAUGGAGAUCAAAUGAUUUCAUUCGAAGAAUUUUGUAAAGCGUUGCAGAGGACAGAUGUCGAACAAAAAAUGAGCAUUCGGUUCUUGAACUAAGGGAAAACUAUCCCGUAACUCUUGUUACAAAUGUGAAAAAAAUGGAUUUAAUAGUCAACAGGGGAUGGAGAAUUUAGUGAAUUGAUGUUAUACUUUGUUCUAGAUAUUUUAUAAUUUUAAUGUACAUAAUUUUUUUGUAGGUAUGUAUCAGUUUUGGUGAAGAGUUUAACAAAUGAAUUUCUUGUU